GCAUGCGCAAACCGGCUGGGAGAAUCAGCAGUGACUAGCUAGCCUCUCUUACUGUUCAGUCAAUUUAGACCUGUGCUUUGGCUUACUAUUGUAAACAGUCAUUGUUUAACCGUGAGUCGUUUCUAUUGAGUGGGCUUAACGUGACCGAGGCGUGAAAGAAUAUGCCAAAAAAUAAAGGUAAAGGAGGAAAAAAUCGGCGACGUGGAAAGAACGAGAAUGAGUCUGAGAAGAGAGAACUGGUGUUCAAAGAGGAUGGACAGGAAUAUGCUCAGGUGAUUAAAAUGCUUGGGAACGGACGCCUGGAGGCCAUGUGCUUUGAUGGAACCAAGCGGCUUUGCCACAUCAGAGGAAAACUCCGGAAAAAGGUUUGGAUUAACACGUCAGACAUCAUCCUGGUUGGACUGAGAGAUUACCAGGAUAACAAGGCUGAUGUUAUCCUCAAGUAUAACGCAGACGAGGCUCGCAGUUUGAAAGCCUACGGAGAGCUGCCAGAGCACGCCAAAAUCAACGAGACAGACACGUUCGGGCCUGGAGAUGAUGACGAGAUCCAGUUCGAUGACAUUGGCGAUGAUGAUGAGGACAUUGAUGAUAUCUAAAGACCUGCUUCUGGAGGGGGAAGGUGGGAUUUUACUAGAGAUGCUCCGAUUGGGAUAUUUUGAGCCUAUACAUCGCACCGAUAAUGAUUAUUUUUUAUUAAGAUCAGCCGAUGCCAAUCCAAUACAGUUUAUUAAUUUACCAUAUGUAUCAAUUUAUUUCAAUUUGUUUACCAUUAGCAGACGUCUUUAUUGUUUGGAGAACUGUAAGUGCAUUUCACACAGGGGAGAAAACGACACCAGUGCUUUGAGUUUAUUGUUAGUAUGAAAGAACAUGAAUGGUGCUGCUUUAGUAAGACUUUUUGAGUCAUUAUGCAUAGCAGCUGGAGGAUGAUGCAGCAGGCUGCCUGGUUGACAGAUGGACCAGGCAGCCUGCUUCCCCUGCCUUCAUGCAGUUGGAUAGGAGAAUCACAAGCUGAUCACCAGCGUCAUAUUUAUGGUUAUUAUCCGGAGCACUGCUACAAUUUUACUGUUUUACUUAUAACAUAAAACGGCAAGUUUGCCAUUUGAUUCAUGGAGGUUUUCUUUUCUCUUCCUGUUGUGUCAAAGAAAGACUCACUAUUUAGACUGCAAAAUAUCUCACACCAAAUGCGUCAUCUUUUUAAAAUGUAUUUAUAUUGAUUUCACACCAUGUGGAAUUUAGUACAGAAUCUCUGGAUUCGACAAUAAAAAGAUAAACCAUUUUGUGUAUUUUUUUUUCCUUUGGCAGUCUGUAUCAAUGUAGCUGUGGCCUGUAAGACAGUUUGAAAGCUGUUUGUUGGUAACACAAGUAAGACAACAACACUGACUACAGCUCUGUCUGCUUUUAGGGUUUUCACUGUGUUACCGUCAUAUUCCACUGACAGCUUGUCACAAUGAAUCUUUGCUUGCUUUGGAUUGAACCAUGGCCGAAUUGAGGCAAUCCCUCCCCCCUGAAAUCAAAAGAAGAAUCAAAAUGUAUUUUUCUAUUGUUUCCCUUAUUUGUGUUUCUGUCUGUUUUUUUGUUUCCAUGUUCUGUUUUGAACUUCUGGCUGCUCGCUCUGUGGCUUCCAGCACACCGUGAAGCUCAGCUCGUGCAGCCAUUCUGUCUCAUGCUAGACCAGCGGUUCCCAAACCUUUUCUAUCACAAACUCAGACUCACACACCAAUAAAACCUCACAUCAGAGCUGCCAAUCUCACGUUCUUUGAACCUCUAGAAAGUCUAAUAACAAUCUAACACAGUACUUUAUUUUCCUUCUCCCCCGUCUUUCCAGAGGGGGCACAGCACCUCAGUUUGGGAACCAUUGCUCUAGGCCGCGUUAGGCUUGUUGCUGCUGUUGCUGUAACUCUGAAUUAAUAAAAAUGUACUAUGAUGUUUGAAGGCUGAGUUUCCAAUAAAGAUCUUAACUCCA